AUGACCCAAUCGUGGUCUUCCUUCUUCCCCUCCCCGAAAGUCAGGCAGAAGCGGGAUCAAUCAGUCUUGAGACCGUCAGACUCUACCUGUGGAUUUCCAUCGCUUCUGAAGCCCAACUUCAGUUUCCUCGCCACGGAUGCCAGUACACGCUAUACGUCUAACUCCAAACCAUCUAGAUUCUCCAAGCCGACUUCCCUACUCUCAGGCAUCUCCACCGAGUCUGCCGUGCAGUGCAUGUUUGAAGCGCGCGCACCGUUCGGCCCCGUGGCAGCAGUUUUGGUCAAGGCAUUUGGCCGCCCGAGCACGCAUCGAUUUUUGGAUGGGCAGCAAUGUCAGUGGUACAGGUCCCAGGAGGCACAGAACAAUCUAUCCGGCAGUAGUCAAUUCAUCCCAUGUGGUUUGUUUGCUAUCCUGAAAACACAUGUGUCGCCUCUUGACAUUGGAAACAAGAUCACGUUGGUGCGCAUCGCUUGUCCUGUUCCUUUCGAGAUCUCCAUGUCUAUUUCUAGUGCUUCCCUGCCCAUUGAUGGCUCAGCCCCUCUCGAAGUAGCGAAUGCGGUAAAGGGUGAACUUUCGGCCGCCUCAGUGGCCUUCUCGCAAGCGAACACUAGCAUCCCCUAG